AUGCGUCUCUCCAUUGCCUCCGAAACCGUUCGACUACGCCGCCACGGGAAACCUCUUCGGGUCCUCGAAACACAAUCAUGCUCUAAAUCGUCUCUCUCCUCUUCGCCGUCUGAUCUGAAAACCCACCCGCAAAUCCCCAUCGUCGCCGUCUCUAACAUUUCAGCUUCUCCAUCGAUUCCUCUGAUCUUCUUCGUAAUCUCCCGCCGCCGCUUCUAUCGUAUAGAUGGAAAAAGCUCGGCAAGACUGUUAGAGAAAAUCAUUUCCGGAUUGUACUUCGGAGCUUUCGUCGAACACUCCACAUCCGAGAUGCUCGAGUUUGAUUUUCUGCUCCUCUCUUUGUGGAAUAUCUUCAGACUCUGUUGUUAA